AUGCUUCUUUUUUCGUGUCGUAUUCUUUUUUGUGUAACGAACGAGAAACAUGUGAAGAAUAUCAUCAACUUCCUUGUAACAUUUUUACGAUUUUGUUCGAUGAUAAUAUAUACUACUGACCAGUUACAUCAAUCAAAUAUCGAGGAAUACAUUGCUGAUAUCAUCGACAACAUGAAGAACAUAUGUUUAUCUAAUGAUUUCGAUUUACUGACGGCAUUAGACGAAAAUUAAUUUUUCAUCUUGCUUUUUUUACUUGCUUGUAAAUUUUGGUUGAAAGUGUGUCUACUUCAUGGGUUGCAGCCGUUGUGACAGUACAUGAGGGUUUUCUUGGCCCAGUGUGAUUUUUUUGUGUCUGCCGAUUUCGGUAAAAAUAUGACGAUGCAAUGAAGAUCAAAACUAAAAUACUUAAUAUAAUAGGUUAUUGCAGAAUGCUAUUCUCUCUGAUGAAGAGCGAAGUGUCGUUUUUAGGCGAGGCGGCUCGAUUAUGCACGAACGAUUUGAGGGAGAACUUGAUUUCCUACAGGCAAUUCGGUCAUUGUCGUCUGACUGAACCUGUGAUCUCUAGAAAAUGAAUAAUAGAUUCAUUAAAUCUUGCGAUUUUGAUUGAGUCCUCAUGCACCACAGAUGCCUCGCCCAGCAUGAGUGCGCAGGAGACCGUGCAGGUUCUUAUUUUGGCAUGUUGACCAAUCUCUUUUUUUUUGUGUAUUGAAAGCGAAAUCGAAGCAAGCAAAAUUGAUGAUUUUUUGAUGUAAGUAAUGAUUUUUGGAAUUGUGAAAAGGUAAUGCAAGAUCUGGAUGAUCUCACCGAAACCAUUUUGGUCAGAUAACGUUGUCGUCCGCACCAGCUGACAUGACGAACUGCAUAUAAACCAGGUUUUUAUCAUGCAAAGACACACAAAGAUAGAAGUUAGAACUGAGUUGUGAGGCACACAUCGAGAUGGAUGAGCAUAACCUUCGAUGCGCGUCUGAUGGACUGGGG